AUGAAGUUAAAAAUAUUUUUUAUUUUAUUUCUUUGUUUGAUUUCUGAAGGGAUUGAAGGAGCGAAUUUGCCUCAAAGUGUUGCUCCAAUUCAACCAACUUCUUCAAAUGUUGGGGAAUUAGCUCCGGCAUCGUAUGAAAAUGCUAAUGGAGUAAAAUACCCGAAUGUUCCUUUCUAUGGAAAUCCAAAAAUCACGCACAAAGGGAAAGUCGAUGGUUUAGGAAAAGUGGAUACUUCAAAUAGAUUUUCUGUUUUGCAAGGACUGACAGAAGAAAACCAAGAUAAAAUGUUUGGUAAAUCUGAGAUUAAGCCAAAAAUUGAAGAGGAAUGUGAAGAAGAUUGUGAGGAAGAGUGUGUGGAGGAAGUUGUGAUUGAUACUUCUCAGCUUAAUACAAAACAAGCAAGUUCUGCUAUCAAAAAACCCAACAGGAAAUUAUUACAAUAUGAAAGAGAGAGACCUUCUUAUAAAGAAGAUAGGCCAAAUUUUAGUGAUAGGACUAAUACUUGUUGUUGCUGCUGUCCUAACUGGGUUAAAGUUAUUGUUAUUGGUGCACUUACUCUUCCAGGAUUACUCUUCAAUUAUUCCGGAAACGUAAUGGACUGCAAAAUAUCCCCCGACUUUGGAAUUAAUCGAAAUUUGCCAUCAUGCGUCAAAAUAGAUGACUCCAUCAGUUGUAAUUCUAAUUAUUUUUUGUGGGUUCAUUCAAAGGAUUUUCACAAACAUUUUGAUAAAAAUGAAACUUUUGGAUUAUAUUGCCCUAUCGGAAAAAAUAAUUCAAUGGACAAGGUUGCUGAGGCUGUCGUUACUCGUGUUAAGGAUAAAGUAAAAGGAAAUGGACUCUUACUUUUGUUCAGAAAAAUUUCACCAAAAAUGGAACGAAAGCUUGAAAUGAUGAGAAUAUUAACGACAAAUGUCCAGCUUUGA